AUGAGAGCCUCAAAUGUUCUUGCCCAGGGCCCAGACAGAGUUCAGCCCACGGCCAUCACCUACACCGCGACCAUGCCCCUUCACACCCAACACCUACACCACGACCAUGCCCCCUUCACACCCAUCACCUACACCACAACCAUGCCCCCUUCACACCCAUCACCUACACCACAACCAUGCCCCUUCACAUCCAUCACCUACACCACGACCAUGCCCCUUCACACCCAUCACCUACACCACAACCAUGCCCCUUCACACCCAUCACCUACACCACGACCAUGGCCCAACAGAUUCAGCCCCGACGCCCAUCAGCUACACCGCGACCAGCCCUUCACACCAACACCACACCACACCGCCCCCUUCACACCCGAGUACUACACCACAACCAUGCCCUUACACCCAUACACCACACCCAACAAUGCCCUUAACACAUCCCAUCCCACACCGACGACCAUCCCCUUCACACCCAUCACCUACACCACAACCAUGCCCCUUCACACCCAUCACCUACACUCACGACCAGACCCUUCACACCAUCACCAUACACCACGACCAGCCCCCUUCACCCCAUCACCUACACCACAACCAUGCCCCUUCACAUCCAUCACCUACACCACGACCAUGCCCCUUCACACCCAUCACCAUAUACCCCACAACACAUGA